AUGGAGCUGGAAGCCGCGCUGAAGUCGGAUGCGUUGACCGCUUUCUCCCGGUCCCUUGAGCUGGCCUUAGGCGCGGCCAGCUCGUCCCGAGGGAAGGUAGUCCUCGCCGUCGAUGCCUCGCAGCUGGCCAUCUUCGAGCUGCUCGCGUACGGCUCGGGGGGCAGCGAGUUUUACGAGAAGCUCGGGAUCUCGCGCCUGCUGAGUGUGCAGCUACAAACGGGCGACGUCGCGCAGCUGCAGCGCCAAUUGGACAUCUCCAAGGACCCGCAGGCCAACCAGGAACAGGGGAAGAAGACGCUGGACGUGGCUGUGGUCGCGCCGCCGCUGCCCACCGUCGCCAAGCGGCUGGCCGACGCCCUCCGGCCGCUGGAGCUCGCGCCGACCCGCCACUGUGCCGUGCUGUGGCUGCCCUCGGCCACCUCCGACGUGACGCUGGAGAUGGAGCGACAGGGUGUGGCGGGUUUCAUCCGCCAGGCCAACUUGGCGUUGGGCCUCAUCCCAGUGGACCGCGGCGUCGCGGCGCUGUGUCACGACAGUGUCUUCGGAGAACUCUAUGUGAAGGGGGACAGCAGGGCGCUGACGGACGUCGUCAAGAGUGUAUUGGCCGUGGAGAGACACACGGGUCGGAGGAUCUUGGACGUCACGUGCCAUGGGUUCUUCGCUCAGAGGGUCAAGAAGAUGCUGGAGCUGGCCCAUCGGCAGCAGCAGAAGAUCAAGAUGAGUCGAGCUGCAGGGACCAAGGAGCUGGAGGCCGAUGUGGCUGCGCCCAUGGACAAGUUGGUAGUGAUUGACCGCAUGGAAGACCCUUUGUCUAUGUUGCUGACGCCCAUGACGUAUGAAGGACUGCUGGAUGCGCUCGUGGGCGUGAACCAUGGCGUCGUCACGUACGAGAAAGAGGAGGAGGACGCGGAGGACGCUGCAAGCACUAGCAGCAGUAUCAAAGAGGAGUCGACAACGACCACGACGACGCAGAAAGUGGUGCUGAACCACCUCGACGCGCUGUUCGACGAGAUCCGCGACGUGAACUUCAACUUGGUCUCCAACCAGCUCGUGGAUGUCGCCAAAGACUUGGCCACAGAAGUGCGGGGCAAGCUCGGCCGGGACAGCCAGGCAGCGUUCCAGAAGGUGAAGGCUCUCUUGGCCAAGGCGCCGCAUUUGGUGAAGAAGAAGCGAUCGUUGGCCCACCACUUGCAGCUUGUGCAGCGUAUCCGAGAGCUGAGCACGCAGCUUGCACUGCGUGGAUGCGUCGAGACAGAAAUGACCAUCAUGAGUGCUGGCCCGAGUGCGUCAUCAGCAGCGGCCAAGGACGUGGACAGCUUUUUGGAAGAGGCUAUCUUGCGUGAGCCUCCGCUGAAUCUCUACGACGUGAUCAAGCUACUCUGUCUGUGCUCUCUCGUCCGCGGCGGACUUAAGCCAGACACGCUGGCCUGGUAUCGCCAGCAGCUUUGCCAUACUUACGGCCACCAAAUUCUGCCGCUGCUUGUGCAAUUGGAGAAGAUGGAUCUGCUCUCUGUCGAGAACCGCUUCGACUUCCCUAAAAUGCGCAAGCAGCUUCUGCUAAUGCGCGGUGCUCUGGAUGACGAGGACACCAGACAUCCUUCGGAUAUUCACUUUAUGUUCCCCUACACGGGUUACGCGCCAAUGAGUAUUCGCUUACUACAAGAAUCGCUCGGCAUGAAGUACAAGACGCUGGCGAAGGACCCGACAUCGUCACUGCUGAGUCUGGGGAGCGGAAGUGGGAACAACUCCAGCAGCCACCACACGUGGAACCCAGUUAGAGCUCAAUAG